AUGUCAAAUCCUACUGCUUCGUCAAGCUCUCAGUCCGCGCGCUCGCUAAAUCGCCAGGUCGUGCUCGAAGAAGAUGAAUAUACUGAAGCUCUUUCGCAUAUCAUCGCUCGGGAUUUCUUCCCAUCCCUCGUUCAACUCGAUGCAAACAACAAUUACCUUGAUGCGCUUCGAACCAAAGACCCACAAAUGAUACAGGCUUCUGUUCGUCGUCUACAAGAACUAGCCACGCCUGUCUCUCGUCGGGAUGCCGCAUGGCAGUCACCCCUUCAAACACCAUAUGCGGCAGGCCCCUCCGAAACGCCCUUGAAGACACCUCGCGGGGAACCUCCUAUGAAGAAGACACGAUACGACACGAACGUGAGCUUGGACAACUUUCAAGCCAAGUACACGUCGGAGGACAAUUCUAGUUUCACACAAAUUCUCGAUGAUGAGAACCGCAAGCGGAAGGAGAGGUGGGCAUGGGCAUGGGAUGCCCAAAAGAGAGUUCAGGAGCAGAGAGACAAGAUGCUCGAGGGACGGGAGAGAUUGCUGAUUGAAGCACCUUCGGCUACAGGUGUGAGGGAGAAGUUCAGGAUUGAGCUUCCCGCCCCUGCGGGAUUGCUCACAGACGGGUCGGCUUCCGAGGAAGUUGAUACAAGUAACAAGGACACACCGCCUGAACCGGAGAAGGGUGAUAAUGACCAACAAAUGGCAUUGAGGGACAAAGAAGAUUCGGGCUUGGGGGGAGAGGAAAUUGUAGACGUUAUGGCGCCUGUGAAGGAUACUCGUGCAGCUGGGGUGGACGCUUGGAAAUUCAAGACGCGGAACGCACUUAUGUUUUCACCUGAUGCGGAUGUGGCACCGUACUUGUUAUCAUCGGCGGGGACUGCGUCAGACGCCAAGGGUGAACCCAAGACUAUAAAGCACGGGAAUACACGACUUCCUGAACAGAAUGACACACCAUCUGGGUCAUUGUCCGCACCGCCGAGUCCUACGCGCAGUCGCAUUGACGCAGCCAUAGCGGGUACGCCAUACCGACCGAGAUCCCCGACCAACGUCGAUUUUUCGCUUGUACCCUCAGUGCCGUCGCCGACGCCCUCAGAGUUGGGGCCUCAGGCGGUCAAGCAACUAAUGACAUGGGGUACUUUAUCCGCAACACCACGUAUACUCUCUCAAUCUGAUGACCCUGCCGAGUCGUUGGCUGAGAUGCCGCCCCCAAACACGCCUUUCCAUAUUGCAGCGCCUUCGGCUAGAGAACGAAUUUCACAUAAAUUAUCUACAAAUGCUGCCAAAAGCCUCCGGACCAAAGCCGGACUCCUGGGCCUUCCUGGGCUCUCGCGGACACCUGUGGGUCUGUCUUCACGACGGACCUCAAUGCCGCCACCAUCGUGGACACCACGUAAAGCGGAAGCGGGUGGACUGACUCCCGCAGCAAGGAGGCUGCUCGACAGGACUACCAUGGGAACUGCUGCAUCGAGGAGGGCAGAAGCCAUGGGCAAGAUGGCUGGCUGGGAGGGAAGUAGUGCUAAUAAGGCAAAAGACAAGGACCUUAACCGGGUGAGAUGGACACCCACUCCUAGUCCAGUUGCUCGGAGGGGUUUAGCAUAA